AUUGCUGUAACACUGUGUGAAGAGACCAGAAGAGGGGAAAUACAAUCUGAGAACUAAACUGCCAAAGCCUAACACCACCUAGCAACAGUUGAAAAAACUUUUAAACAAAAGUCUGGGUGAGACACAGACAGAAUAUAUCUCCUACUUCUCCUGCCUGGGAUUUCUGUGAGAAGCGGCUCUGGUCUUCUGUUCUCUAUCCCCUUUCUUUCAUUACUUCAGCUGCUGGUAGACCUAGAAAAGCGGGAAAAGUUUCGCUCUUUGUGUUCUCCUGGGCUGGAUCAGUCUACUGCUGGGGUAGUGCUGUGGGACGAGCGGCUGCAAUCUUGCAUUGUAAAGGAUAUAUUCCUCGUUUCGUGUUGCUGACAGGGAGCAGCAGGGACCCCAGUCAGCCUGAGGUGGGAGCAGCAGGGCGAUGGCAGAGGGACACCUCCAUCCUCGACUCCCUCCUCCCCCCUCCGGACCUAGAUUCUAGUGAAGCCCCUGCUCUGGAAGCAUUCCUCGACACAGGUAGGGAUGAGAUCCCGAAACCAAGGUGGAGAAAGCUCGUCUAACGGGCACUUCUCCAGUUCCAAGCCUGUCAUCAGCCAUGCAGAGAAUGAAAAACUUCAGGAGGAUGCCAAGAAAAAGAACAAACCUCAUCGGAAGGAAGAUGAGGUCAUGGUUUCAGCAACUGUCAAACGGCACUCAAAAUCACCUGGACCUACUGAAAGAAAGAACAAGAAGUCCCUAGAGUUUUCUAAAGAGGACUUGAUAAAACUCCUCAGCAUAAUGGAAGGAGAACUGCAGGCAAGGGAAGAUGUGAUCCACAUGCUGAAGACAGAGAAAACCAAACCUGAAGUUUUAGAAGCUCAUUAUGGGUCUGCCGCUCCAGAGAACGUGCUCCGAGUGCUACACAGGGAUGCCAUCCUUGCCCAGGAAAAGUCUAUAGGGGAAGAUGUCUAUGAGAAACCAAUUUCAGAGCUGGACAGACUUGAAGAAAAGCAGAAAGAGACGUAUCGGCGCAUGCUGGAACAGCUCCUGUUGGCAGAAAAGUGCCAUCGCCGCACGGUUUAUGAGCUAGAAAAUGAGAAACAUAAGCAUACAGAUUACAUGAACAAGAGCGAUGACUUUACCAACCUCUUGGAACAGGAGCGGGAGAGGUUGAAGAAACUUCUUGAGCAGGAGAAGAUCUAUCAAGCCCGAAAGGAGAAGGAACAUACAAAGAGACUCAAUAAACUAAGAGAAGAACUAGUCAAGCUCAAAUCAUUUGCACUCAUGCUGGUGGAUGAGAGACAAAUGCAUAUUGAACAACUUGGUCAACAAAGCCAGAAGAUACAGGACUUAAAUCAAAAACUAAAGGAAGAAGAAGAAAAGCUGAAAAUUAUUAGUGCAAAAACAAAAGAAGAUGGACAAAAACUGAUGAAAUUAGAGGCAGAACUUGAACUGAAAACAUCAUCAUUUUCUCAGGAACAUGAGGAGAUGACUGCUAAACUGGCUAACCAAGAGUCACAUAAUAGACAGCUAAGGCUUAAGCUAGUGGGGCUGAGUCGCAGAAUAGAGGAGCUAGAAGAGACUAACAAAAAUCUUCAAAAAGCUGAGGAAGAACUUCAAGAACUAAGAGAUAAAAUAGCAAAAGGGGAAUGUGGGAACUCUAGCUUAAUGGCCGAAGUGGAAAACCUCCGCAAGCGUGUGCUUGAAAUGGAGGGGAAAGACGAAGAGAUCACAAAAACUGAAUCCCAGUGUAAGGAGCUGAAAAAUAAGCUGCAAGAGGAAGAGCAUCAUAGCAAAGAGUUGAAACUUGAAGUGGAAAAAUUGCAGAAAAGAAUGUCAGAACUAGAGAAGUUGGAAGAGGCUUUCAGUAGAAGUAAGUCUGAGUGCACUCAGCUACACUUAAACUUGGAGAAAGAAAAGAAUUUGACUAAGGAUUUAAUAAAUGAGUUGGAAGUGGUAAAGACUCGAGUGAAAGACCUUGAGGCAUCAGAAAGCAAGUUGGAAAAGGCUGAAAUAAGCUUAAAAGAUGACCUUACAAAGCUGAAGUCAUUUACUGUAAUGUUGGUUGAUGAACGAAAAAAUAUGAUGGAAAAAAUCAAACAGGAGGAAAAAAAGGUUGAAAGUCUGAACAGGAAUUUUAAAGUUGAACAAGGGAAAGUUAUGGAUGUAACAGAGAAACUGAUAGAAGAAAGUAAGAAAUUUUUGAAGCUGAAAUCUGAAAUGGAGGAAAAAGUGUCUAGUUUGACAAAGGAAAGGGAUGAGUUAAUAGGUAAAUUGAGAAGUGAAGAAGAAAAAUCCUCAGAACUAAGCUGUAGAGUUGACCUGUUAAAGAAGAGAAUUGAUGGUAUGGAGGAAGUGGAAAGAGAAAUUACAAGAGGUCGAAGCAGGAAAGGACCAGAGCAUGGUUGUCAUGAGGACAACAAGAUUAAAGAACUUACUGUUGAAAUUGAAAGACUGAAGAAACGUCUCAAACAAUUGGAAGUGGUUGAAGGAGAUUUGAUGAAGACAGAAGACGAAUAUGAUCAGCUAGAGCAGAAAUUUAGGACUGAGCAGGAUAAAGCUAACUUUCUUUCUCAACAGCUGGAGGAGAUGAAGCUCCAGAUUGCCAAAACCAAAGCAAUCGAAAAAGGUGAGGCAGUGAGCCAGGAGGCAGAGUUGAGGCAUAGGUUUCGUCUGGAAGAGGCCAAAAGCAGAGAUUUGACAGCAGAAGUUCAAGCUCUUAAGGAAAAAAUCCACGAGUUGAUGAACAAAGAAGACCAGCUUUCUCAGCUCCAAGUUGAUUAUUCGGUUCUGCAGCAAAGGUUUAUGGAAGAAGAAAAUAAAAACAAGAGCAUGGGGCAGGAAGUUCUGAACCUGACAAGAGAGCUGGAGCUUUCCAAGCGUUACAGUCGUGCUUUGAGGCCCAGCAUAAAUGGACGAAGAAUGGUUGAUGUUCCCGUGACGUCCACCGGUGUGCAAACAGAUGCUGUGAGCAGUGAAGCAGCAGAAGAAGAAACUCCAGCAGUGUUUAUAAGGAAAUCCUUCCAGGAAGAGAAUCACAUAAUGAGCAAUCUGCGGCAGGUAGGUCUGAAAAAGCCCAUGGAGCGCUCUUCAGUGCUCGAGAGAUAUCCUCCAGCAGCAAAUGAACUUGCAAUGAGGAAAUCCUGGAUACCGUGGAUGAGAAAGAGGGAAACUGGGGCUCAGGUGACUCCUGAUAAAGGAGCCCGAACCCAUGGCAGUCCAGCGCAUCCUGGAGAGGUUGUGCUUUCACCAAAGCAGGGUCAGCCUCUUCAUAUUCGGGUGACACCGGACCAUGAAAACAGCACAGCUACUUUGGAGAUAACCAGUCCAACAUCAGAGGAGUUUUUUUCAAGUACCACUGUCAUUCCUACUUUGGGAAAUCAGAAGCCGCGAAUAACCAUCAUUCCUUCUCCAAACGUUAUGCCCCAAAAAGGGAAAGGCAGUGAAAGUCCCCUGGGCUCAGAUCGUUCUAUGUCUCCGGUCACUAUAACAACAUUCUCCAGGGAAAAGUCCCCAGAAGGAGGGAGAGCACCCUUCACCGACAGACCUACAUCACCAAUUCAGAUCAUGACAGUAUCAACAUCUGCAGCACCGGCAGAAAUCUCUGUCACUCCGCAGUCACAAGAUAUGACCAUGGGAAGGGCUGUCUUCAAAGUAACACCAGAAAAACAAACCGUGCCGACUCCAAUCCGCAAGUACAAUGCCAACGCCAACAUUAUUACGACAGAAGACAACAAAAUCCACAUCCACUUGGGUUCCCAGUUUAAACGCUCUCCCAGUGCCGCACCUGAUGGUGCGAGUCCUGUGAUAACAGUCAGACCAGUCAACAUAGCAGCAGAAAAAGAAGUUGUGACCGGUACCGUCCUUCGAUCGCCCCGGAACAACCUGUCCUCACGACCUGCAGCAAGCAAGGUGACAAGCACUAUCACUAUAACGCCUGUUACGACAUCUUCCACACGAGGAACACAAUCAGUGACAGGACAGGAUGGGUCAUCCCUGAGACCUGCACCCACCCGCAUUCCUGUGUCAAAAGGUAUGAAAGCAGGAAAGCCAGUAGUGGCAGCCCCAGGAGCAGGAAAUGUGACAAAAUUCGAGCCUCGUGCCGAGACUCAGUCUAUGAAAAUAGAACUGAAGAAAUCUUCAGCCAGCAGCUCUUCCUCCCUGGGCGGGGGUCAGGGCUGAUGGCGGUGGCUCAGGGGGCUUUAAGUCAAGCCACAAUUUCAUGGUCACUUAAAGUCAGGAUGUAACCCCACACUGGAGUCAAAAGCUGUAGUUCUGUCUUUGUCACCUCCAGCCAAGAAAGUCCUCACUUCCAUGUGGUUGUCCCUUGAGCUGACACGAGUGUUUGAACUUAACUGGGGAACUGAUCUGAACUAAAAGAAAUCUGGCAAAAACCAUGAAGGUUAGCUUUAACAUAGCUUAGUUCCAGGCUCUCAGGCCAGAGAAAGAAAGGAGGAAGGCACAGGAAACCAGUGACUAUUUUAAAGUAAUUGUGGAAUCACAAAUGUCUCCUAGUAGAUAAAGUACCACACAAAUGUAGGGGUAGUGCUGCUUAUUUUAAAAAGCUUUCGAUUGAAACCUUUCUUCAAAGGUAGGAGAUGGGUCCCUGUUCUCACCAGCAGCUGAGGAGACUCAAAUCCACGUCAGCUCCAACCAGGUUCACCAAUGGCACUAACAGACAGCUGAGGGGGAAGAAGGUGGUGUUAUUUCUUCCUGCAAAGAUUCUGCACGGAGGGCUUCAGUAUUCACUAAGCAGAGAGUGGUUGAGCACUCAGGAUAUUGAACAAGGAGGAGGGAGCCCCUCUGGCUUCUGGUCCCUGUUCCAAAGGCUGCCUUUGAGCCUGGCCUUCUGUGAAAAAAUUGCUUAUAAAAUGAAGUGCCUGUAUUCAUGCAUCUCUCUAUCUGCCCCUGAUUGAUGAAUAACAUUGAACACAUCAACCAAUUUCAACCAAAUCUGACAAUGCAAUAGGAGUCUCCACAAUAAGAAGUUCCUCCAGUUUAAUGGCAAGGCUGACAGAGAAGAGGAGCAAGACCUCAGCAGUGCCCCACUGUGCGGAAGAAUGUAGCUCAUCUUCAUACAACAUCAAAGAAAGAACGCAAGGCAGUGAUGUCAGAAAUACCAAAAGGACAAGAUUUGCUCAGACCUCAGAUUCUACUAGGCACCAGAGAGUCCAACUCUGAUAUGCCACUUCAUAGGAAAAUAUUAAGGUCUUUAUUUACAGGGUUUCUUGUGUAUUCUACAUGACUGGAUUACAAUGCAGAAACCAAACCUUCCUCUGCCCAGGUGAUGAUCCAGAAUGACUCAUACUCAUGCUUUCUCUCUCUUACCUUUUUAUCUGAUUUGAUUUUUUGUUUGGUUUGGUUUUGUUUUAAUGAAAUGGAAGAACUGUUUCACUGGCAAAAUGCACUCAACUCAGAGUACUAAUGAUAAUUACAGUGCUUCAUCAGGAAUUGAGCUGGCUGAGAACCAAUCUUUGUAUUUUUGGUAGGUUUCAAUGUCAGCUGGAGAGAAGCCCCAUUCUGGCUGGCUGUGUGGCCUUAUAGCAGUUGUGAUAACUCAAGACCAGGGAUGGGAACAUACAGCUUAGGACAGCAGUAAGGUGGAGGGGUGGAAGAGCAGGAAAAAUGUCAAUCCAUUCAUGAGCAGCACAUAUGGACUGAGAAGGUGCACCCUCAGUUCUCCGGAUGUGAUAUAAAAUUUUGUUCCUAGUAAGUUUUCCACCGUGUUCCUUAGAUUAGAUCCCAUCACCUGCAUUACUGUUUUAUAUGACUAUUGCUAAUGUAGUCAUUGGCAGAGAAAUACAUUUGAAUAAGUAUGACUGAAAAUGAAGGAGCACAGAACCUCAGCCCAAAUGCCUGGGAGAUUUCUCUCAGAUCGAUAAACAUGCCAAGUAAAUAACAGAAAUAAAACAGAGAUUAUGAUUUAUGUUGCCCACCUUUAUUUCCUUUCAUGACACCUAUUAGUGCAAUUAAAAAACAAACAAACAAACAAAAACCCCCAAACCAGUAACACUUUGUGACUCUCCUGAAUAUGCCUAUAACACCUCAAGCGACUUGUAGCACAUAGUAAUUAGCAUCAUGUGAGUAAUCUCUAAAGUUACGUUAACAUGUUGAUUCAUGCCCAUUGGAUUCCAAGUCAUAUGGCACUGCCUGAAAUAUGCUACACUUUCUAAAACCUGCUCCAUAUUUACAUGAAUAUUAAGUAAUUCUGAUCAGAUGUGGAAGAGCAUGUCUUUAAAGGGAGUAAGCUACCAUCCUGCUGGGUUUCAGGUGCUUGGCAUAAGCUGAAACAGACAAUCUUCUGACCAAUUACAUGUUCCCAUCACACAUCAGUGCCCAAUUUCACUGAGUUGCUUAGAAACCUGUAGUUUACCGGCAGGAGUUUCUGUGAGCUCAUCUUUCGAACUUGCUUUCAUUUAGGGGAAUGUUUUUCUCUACUCCAUCAGUAUGAGUUAUCCUCUUUCCCUUGAUUUUUCCUGAGCUCUCUCAGGCAAAACUAUAUGCAACAUUUCUCAUUAUAAACGUUAACUUCACUUUGAAUCUUCCUCCCUACACACUGCGUUUACUUGGCUUUUUGGAAGAUGCAAUCAUGGUUAGCUACUCUCAGGUGCAGAGCUACCAGCUCUCAGAGUCAGGUAUGAAUCACUCGGAUAUGAAUGGUUCUUCACUUUAUAAACUAUUUUCAGGAUUUUAAGAAUAGAAAUACUGAUGUAUAAUUAUCUUCUCUUGCUUGGGCGUGCGUUGUCUGUGAUAUAUACAUUUUUGUAUUAUCUGGUGUUAUUUGUAUAUAUUAUAAGGAGAAAUUAAACUUCAUAUGUUAAAAUGUCA